AUGUCGAAAUAUAAGCAGUCCAAGGCACACUCGACCUCCUCUCGACCAAGCAUGUGGUCGCAGAUCAUGCCUCUGCUUAAUGUGACAGCAUCGAGAACUUCUGACGCCUCACCCGAGCGCACGGAAAGUGCGGCAACCACUGACACUGUGGAGCAAAGAUGCCAAAACAUGCCAGUCGAGAACACCGGGAUCGCGGGAGGAGGACAGCGAUCCCCUUUCCCUUUGCCCGACUUGCCUGGAGAGCUGCGCAACCGGAUAUUUAAACAUGUCUGCGACGACCGGCUGCCCUAUGAUGUGGAUCUUCUGCAAGUCGACGAGGAAGUUCUCCCGGACGUCUGUUUGUCUAGUGUCUCUGGUCAAAUUCAUCGAGAGACGUCCUUGUACGAAGGAGAAGCCAUAACCGAGUUUUUAGCCGAUCACAGAUUUAUGAUCAAUUUCAAGCUGGAAGAUCUCCGCGAAAGAUGCACAGACAAUAAACUUCUGGAUGAAUUCCGCGACCGAUGUCUCCAAAACAUGGCUAUACCAUUCGUGAGCGAACUCGACAUUAUUAUCCGUAUGCCCUACCCUGACAGCCGUCCUGGGAAAAACGUUAGCUUACGGAUUAUGAUUCUGGACAAGCCGGACGAAGAUGAACAGAGUGUGGAGUUUGAAGCUACCUGUGAGAGAAGGGACGACGACGAUGUUGGCAAGGACGAGCCUAUGCGUCUGUUGAACGUGCUUGGAAAAAUUGAGGAUUUUGCUCAGGCGUAUGCGCAAAAUCCAAAACACAAGCUCCGUUUCGAGGCAUAUGGACGCGUAUACUUGAAUGUCAAGUCAUGUGUCAUUUAUCUGCACAAGGUACUAUGUCUCGAGGGGAGUCAUUGCCUCUACAAAUUGCUGGCUCUGGUGGGGGACGACGAUGAUGAUAUGGCUGUCAGCAAGGCACAGCUUGAAUCUCCUCACCCGCCAACGGACACUUUACCUACAGACUUCUCCGAGACGAAUUCGACGGCGGAAUCGAAGUCUUCUACGCCAGUACCACCUGAGAAGAACGAUUCUGGAGAGCAUGCCGCGAUGGAAACUCAAUUUCCGGAUUGUGCGACUUCUGUGGAAGACAAACCCGGAAAGUCGAAAAUUUCCAAGGGUCGUCAGUCACUCCGAUAG